ACUUAUCACUCGGCGAGCUGGAGAGACACAUUGGUAAACACUCUCGAAGCUACGUGCAACAAUUUCAGCUGCAGUAAAGAGAACUAAAUUCGUAAGGAAAUAAAAUGUAUAAGACGCCAAUGCACGAGCUGCGUCGCGUGUGCGUCAUUGGAGCCGGCACUGCGGGAUUGAGCGCCCUGAAGAAUGCACUCGAGGAGGGUCUGGAAGCGGUGGCCUACGAGCAGGGCACCGAAAUCGGUGGCACCUGGGUGUUCUCGGAGGAGAUGCCCAAGGAUGAGUACGACGAGGUGCACAGCAGCAUGUACGAGGGCUUGCGCACUAAUUUACCCAAGGAAGUGAUGGGCUAUCCGGACUACCCGUAUCCCACGGAGAUUGACGAGUCGUUCAUCACAUCGCAGCAGGUUCUGGAAUUUCUUCGCUCCUAUGCCGAUCAUUUCAAGCUCCGGCCGCACAUCAAACUGCAGCACGAGGUCAUCAGGGUGCGUCCCCGUUCAAACGAUUGGGAGGUCUAUGUGUGGGAUCACAUCAACGACACCUGCGAUACGGUCUAUUUUGAUUUCAUCUAUGUCUGCAAUGGCCAUUACACGGAACCGGAUAUGCCUACAAUCGAGGGCAUGGAUCUGUUCGAGGGUCGGCAAAUCCACAGUCAUCUAUAUCGCAAGGCUGACAAUUUUAAGGAUGAAAAGGUUUUGAUCAUUGGCGCCGGUCCCAGUGGCAUGGACAUCACGAAUCACAUUCGCAAGGAGGCCAAGCAUGUGUUUCUGAGCCAUCAUCUGGCGCAAACGCCGAACACCGCGUUUAUGGGCAAUGUGACACAAAAGCCGGACGUGGAGCGGUUCACCAAGGACGGCGCCAUCUUUAAGGAUGGCAGUCGGGAAACGUUUGAGCAUGUGGUCCAUUGCACCGGCUACCAGUACAGUUUUCCGUGCCUGAGCACCGACGUGGGUGUGCAGGUGAUCGAUAAUUUUGUGCAGCCACUGUGGAAGCACUGCAUCAACAUUAACAAUCCGACCAUGUCGUUCAUUGGACUGCCCUUCAAUGUGAUACCCACGCACAUAUUCGACAUGCAGGUCCGUUUCACCCUCAAGUUUUACAGGGGCAAGCGGGAGCUGCCCACACGGGAGCAGAUGAUUGCCGACUUGGAGAAGGAGCAGGGCGAGCGCUGGGAAUACGGUUUCGUCAAUCGCAAGAAGGCCCAUCAAAUGGGCGAGCGCCAGUUUGACUAUUACAACGAGCUGGCGAAUAUGACGGGCAUUGAAAAUAUAAAGCCCGUUAUUCUGAAGUUGAUGAAGGAUUGCGGCAAGAAAUAUAUAUUUGAAUUGGAUACCUACCGCAAUUAUCGCUACAAGGUCAUAGAUGAUGAAAAUUUCGCCAAAUAUCCGCUGUGAUGGCAUUACGAUUUAUAUGUAUUUUAUGUUUAUAAUGUAGUUUUUGUUGCACUUA